AAUUAUGCUGGGGAAUUGAGCUAACCCAUGAGGGUGAUCGUCUAAAGAAGCAUGCAGAACAAUUUGAACAAGAUGUAGCGAGUUUAAAGGGAGGAAUUUCUCAAGCCCUAACCCAUAAAAUGACAAG